GUGUGGGUGCAAGAUGGAGAAGGAGAGAGGGAGAAAAGGAUCGUGUGUGUGUCUGUGUGUGUGUGUGUGUGUGUGUGUCCUGCACUGAGAAAGACAGAGUAUGAAAUAGAGUGUGCAUGGCUGUACACAUGCCCGCUGAGUUAUUGCGAGGGGAUAGUCAAAGCCCAGCCCAUCGAUGUUGUAGGUUUUACUACAGCUUUCGUGAUGUCAUGGCAAAGGGCGGAGGGAGGAGGUGGGGGACAAUGGCUCAUGAGGGAAAGAAAAUGAGUACCGGGGGAAACUCCUGAACCAGCGCUGGACGCGUGGAGACAAGAUCAGCCGCUGCCGGCCCUCUCUCAGACUGCAGAGCCGACCAAUCAAAAUGAGUUUGGAUACUGACGACAAGCGUGCUCGCACACGGUCCAAAGCAGGAAGAGUUCCCUCUGAGAUCGCUGGACAGGACCUGAGCUGCCCCACGCCAGGAUGCAAUAGCUCGGGCCAUAUCAGUGGCAAAUAUGCCCGACACAGAAGUGCUCUGAGUUGCCCAUUGGCCAGGAAAAGGCGGCUACAGGAGGCGGAAUCAGAGCAGCCCGUCUCCAAGAGGAAGUCCCACCCCCUGAAGCUGGCCAUGGAUGAGGGCUUUAAUGCAGAGAGUGACUGUAGUGGAGAGGAAGCAGAAGUGAGGGAGGAAGAGGUGGAUGAAGAACGCCCACAGCAGAGGAAUAGCGACGAAGAGUGUGAGGAAGAAGAACAAAUAAACAAGAACACAGAGAGCACCAUUGCCGAGGGAGAUGAGGGUGAUGAAGAGGAGUGCAUCAUCAUCGAGGCGUCCAGCACAGAGAAGCCUAAACUCACAGCUUCUGAAGAUCUCUCCCAAUAUCAGCACAUAGUGGCCAACUCAAUGGCAAACCUCUCCAACCACAACAGCUGUGCCACGUCGCCCCAGCAACAACAACCUGACACCUUGGAAGCAGAACACGGCAGCCCUUCUAGUGAGCUGGAAGAGAAGAAAACAGGAAAUGACAAAGAGGAAACAGGAAACCAAUUUGGAGUUUUUGCAUCUAAGGAGAAUGUAAUGAUGUGUAACACAGGUGAGACUGACGAUGAAGACGAUGACAUGCACACCGAGAACCACAAAGAAUCAGACCACCAGUAUUUUAAUGAGGACAUGCACACACAACAGGAAGUGGAUGAGGAAGAUAAUGAUGAGGAUGAUGAAGGGCUGCGGUCUGAGUUGCACAAAGAGGAGCUACACAAAGAGGAGUAUGAUGAUGUGAAGUCAGAGGAGGGAGGGGAAAGAGACUCCGCCCCCUCGGUUAUCACUGCCACUCAGGGAUCCUGUGUAAGGGAAGACUAUAUUUCCCACAUGCCCACGUUGCCAGCAAACUAUAGCUGUAGUAAGCCCCCCACGGCCUUCCCGAUGGUCAUCGAUGUGCAAUCCGAGGGGUCUGAGAGAGACAUGGAUGGGAAUGAUGAAGACGGGGACGACGACAGCCUGUCUCAGCGUUCCACGGUGGCGGACGAGACGGAGAUGUUCGACGUAAUGCGGGGGAAUCUGGGCUUGCUGGAGCAGGCCAUUGCUUUGAAAGCCCAGCAGGUGAAAGCUCACCGCGAGCUCAGCCGCAUUCCCGAACACCAUCGCUUUUUUCCUCUGGACGACCGGCCCAGCAAACACAUGGAACAUCUCCGCAAGAGCUGCUUUGGAAAAGAGAGUUCAAGAUCAGAGAAGCGCGAGAUCAAAUGCCCGACCCCCGGGUGUGAUGGGACGGGUCACGUGACUGGACUUUAUCCACACCACCGCAGUCUGUCAGGCUGCCCACAUAAAGAUCGGAUCCCUCCGGAGAUUUUGGCCAUGCAUGAGAAUGUCUUGAAGUGCCCAACGCCAGGCUGCACCGGUCAGGGACAUGUCAAUAGUAACCGCAACACACACCGCAGUUUGUCAGGGUGUCCCAUCGCUGCUGCCGAAAAGCUGACCAAAACCCAGGACAAGCCGCACCUGCCCCAGCCCAUGGGCGAGCACAUGAAAGCAGGCAGCCCCAACUCUGACCGCGUUCUCAGGCCCAUGUGUUUUGUGAAGCAGUUGGAGAUUCCUCCGCACGGCAGCUACAGGCCCAGCCUCGUCCCCGCCACGCCACGCGCUAAUCUGGCCAAGGAGUUGGAGAAGUACUCCAAGGUGUCCUUCGAUUAUACAAGCUUCGACGUGCAGGUGUUCGGCAAGCGCAUGCUCGCCCCAAAGAUGCACACCAGCGAAACUUCACCCAAAGCCUUCAAAUCCAAACCUCCAUUUCCCAGAGCAUCUCCCCCAAGUCCCAGCAUGCACAGUGGUUUUGGAAAGAGCUCCUCCAGAGGUUACGAUUAUUCCCAUGAUGCCGAAGCCGCCCACAUGGCUGCCACCGCGAUCCUCAACCUGUCCACACGCUGCUGGGAAAGACCAGAGAACCUCAGCAUCAGACACCAAGAUAAGAGUAUGGAAAUAGAAGUUGACGAAAACGGCACUCUGGACUUGAGCAUGAAGAAACCUAUAAAAAAGGAAGCCGGCAUGUCUUGCGCCAGUCCAGUGCGCUCCCCCGAUCUGUCUUCAUCAUCCUCGUCCUCAUCUCUUCACCAUGGCAACAGCAGCAUCUCUCCCCACUCUUUACACGCCUACAAACAGGAAGAGUGGGAGGGGCCUCUGGACUACACCAAACCCAAUCGGCAGAGAGAGGAGGAGCUAGAAGAGAUGGACCACAGCGCUCACUCAUUCGCCUCGUCCGACCCAGAGGACUGCGACAUGAUGCAGGACAUCCUCGAAGACAGGAAGUACCCCGGAGAGGUCACGACCCCUAGCUUCAAGGUCAGGUUCCAGCCCAAGGACACCAAGAAGGAACUCUUGAUAUGUCCCACUCCUGGCUGUGACGGCAGCGGCCACAUCACAGGAAACUACGCAUCCCAUCGCAGCCUGUCUGGUUGUCCUCUCGCUGAUAAGAGUCUGCGGUCCCUCAUGGCAGCACACACAGCCGAUCUCAAAUGUCCAACUCCAGGAUGCGAUGGCUCAGGACAUAUCACCGGCAACUACGCGUCUCACAGAAGUUUGUCUGGGUGUCCACGGGCCAAGAAAAGUGGGAUAAAAACAACACCCCUCAAGGACGACAAGGAGGACUCGGAGCUCGUAAAGUGUCCAGUGCCGGGGUGCGACAGCCUGGGUCACAUCAGCGGGAAGUACGCCACUCACCGGAGCGCUUAUGGAUGCCCGCUGGCAGCCAGGUGGCAGAAGGAGGGUUUGCUGAACGGGUCUCCGUUCUCAUGGAAGGCGUUUAAGACCGAAGGCCCCACGUGCCCUACGCCUGGAUGCGACGGAUCGGGACAUGCCAACGGCAGCUUCCUCACCCACCGCAGUCUCUCGGGCUGCCCAAGAGCCUCCCUCAAUAAAAAGAAAACCAAGUUCCCUGGAGAUGAGUAUCUCAGCACUAAAUUCAGAGCCAGUGACGUGUUAGACAAUGAUGAAGACAUCAAGCAACUCAAUAAAGAAAUUAAUGAGCUCAAUGAAUCUAACAAUGAGAUGGAGGCAGAUAUGGUCAACCUUCAAACACAGAUCACAUCCAUGGAGAACAACCUGAAAAACAUCGAGGAGGAGAAUAAGAUCAUUGAGGAACAGAACGAAGCUUUGUUCAUGGAGCUGUCUGGACUCAGUCAAGCUCUUAUACGCAGUCUGGCCAACAUACGCCUGCCUCAGAUGCAGGAGCCAAUCACAGAGCAGAAUUUCGAGAGCUACGUGAGCACCCUGACUGACAUGUACACCAAUAAGGACUGCUACCAGAAUCCGGAAAACAAGGCCCUUCUGGAGACCAUCAACAAGGCGGUAAAAGGCAUUAAGGUGUAAAGAGGCUUGAUGCGAAGAGCAUAUUAAUGACACAAAAAGGGCAUUCAGGUUUUUUUGAACAACACUCUAAACCUUCAACCCAGGGAGCAUUCUGUGACGAGAUAUAAAAGAGGUAUAUAAUAUAUAUUACUACGGACCAAAAUCCACAAAAGCUGCUGGAUUGGAAGGGGAGGAGAGAAAGAACGGAACCAAAUCCUUCAGUUUAUUUACAAAGACAAGGAGAGACACAAAUCAAAUAUUCGUUAGAGCUUUGUUUUACAUUCAUCUGGUGAAAAAAGUGAUUGAAGAUGUUUUUGAAGAAGAAGGGCAGGAAGGAGCUCCAAAGCCUCAGUAUGCAGAGUAUACAGGUUUUGGAUGAAAUUUGGGAGGACACUGCUCUUAAACAGCAAAUGUGACGUCUGAAAUGAUAUGUGGUCCUGGAUUCACGCAAGGCCAGACGGGACACACAUAUGCAGUAUUUCCUCAUCCAUCCUUCCUUUUCUUCUUGUUGAAGGCAACGGUUAUGGAUGAAAGGUUGUGGGAAUGAAGAGAAUGUCAUGUUAACAUUCUCUCUGCUUUUUGAGUCAUGCCAUGUGGCUCUGUAAAUUUCACUUGUUAAAACACUAUUUUAUAAGGUUUUUUAUUUAUUUAUUGCCAUUUUAGAGCUACAUGCAGGUGCACUGAUUUAAUCUCCUUUAUUUGUAGUACUUACACUGUAGGACCCAAUGUAGUCAUAUCUUUUUCAUAUGAACAAUGAGUUGCACUUCAUUUCAGUAAAUUCAACAUCCAACAAGAUGAGGGAUUGUUACUGAUACAUAAAUUAUACUAAAUUUGUCCAGACACUUAUUUAUGUUUCGUUAUAAUUUAUUUUUCCCUGUGUUAUUUAUUUUAAUGUACUUAUUUAAAAAUCCACAGUGGAAAAAACAACACUUCUUAUAAAAUGUGACUCGCCACAUGUUUGGAAAGAGAAAAACAUACUACUAAUUUUUAUAACUCCUUUCGUUUGACUAAAGAGUUUUUAAACAGUUUUUAAGUGCAAAUAUUUUUAGCCGAUAAUGUUUUGAUAAUUUUGUAUUUCUCUCUCUCUCUCUCUCUCUCUCGCUCUCUCUCUCUCUCUCUCUCUGCAAAUCUGCAUUUUAUUUUGACCCAAAUUUCCAAACCCGAGGGAGAAGUAUCAUCUCUAUUUAUUAUUUAUUUAAUAUUUAUGAAAUUAUAAAAUGUGAUUGUUGUAAUGUAUAUUUAUUUUGUAAACGUCUCUGUGUGUUUGUGAAGUCUUAGUAGUCUUGAAGAACUUUUGGCGAUUGAAAAAUAAAGACAAAAAACAUGUUUGGACAAGAGAAUUACAAAUUAUGAUUAUCUAAGGUUUUCCUUAUACCAGCAUUACUUCUUGUAGGAAUGUAAAGAGAAAAAAAGCAAUUCCAAAACUGUGGAACCUACAGCUUUGUCUCUUACCCCGUCAAUUUCAACAGGAAGAAGUUCACAGGAGGAAACGGUGAAUCCUCUUUCGCUGUUUUUUAUCUCUUCAAGCUCUCUGUAGUGGCCAAAUACUGUCGCCCCUGAAUGACCCUACGAAUCGCAAAUGGAUUAUUUUUGCUCUUGGCUAAAAUGAUUAUCUUUAGAGACUUUUUGGACCGUGGGAAGUGGGUGGGCAUUUGUGCCACGUGGGGAACGGGAGGUGAAUACCAACCGUCUCAAAGGAAACUCUGGAACCACGAUGUCCUUACUCAGCUAGUGUCACACCCGUGUAGCCUUAUACUAGAAUUUUAUUUCUUCAAUGCACAAAGUGCCACUGACCAGUGCUUUCGUUAACGACGCCGCCCAUUCAGCGACCUCACUUCCCUCGGGUCAUGUGACCCCGUGGCAUAAGUGGGGGUUGUGACAGAUGCCUUUCUUCCUUUGCCAUGAUGGCCAUAUCUACACAAUAUAUUCAUUCUGUAUUUAAAAGAAAAAAGAAGACAAAAAAAGCUAUAUAUAGUAUAUAAACAUACAUAUAUUUUUUCAGUGUAGUUGUUAACUCUUUUUCUCUUAUAAUAGCUAAACAAAAACAAUAUCUUUCCAAAAGCUGUGAGUACUACUAUCGAUAGAUAACUAAAUAUGAAAAAAGACCCAGUUUACUGUGGUUGCGAGGAACCGUGUGUUUUAUAAAAUGUAAACGUACCUAUUUCUAAAGCAAAGGAUAAGAGGAUGUUUGUAGAGUUUCCUAUUUUUCAGCCGUUUUCUGGUCUCACUGGGCCUCUGUGUGUAUGUCAGUCACAUUAAUGGGACAAUGGUUUAAAGGUUAGUCAUAGUGUUCAAUGAGACUGUAAUUGUAGUGUGCUGAUCUGUUUUUAGUGUGGUGUUGUACGGUGUCGUGCAGUUCCGUUGGGACAAACCACGCUGGACAAGUGUGUAAAAUGACAUCAUCACAACAGCGCCUCUAUUUUGCCAAUAGAGCGCGUGUUUCAUUUUGCUAAAAUGGUACUCGCCAACCAUAUCGUUCAUUUGCUAUGAUAGCAGCAAUUGUGAUAGACAGGACACGUGUGCACUAUUCCAAAUCUCAAAAUCUUGAAUGCCAACUAAUGACCUUUCAGACAAGUUUUCUGUGUAUGUGUGUGUGUGUUUAUUUAUUUGAUUUAUUUUAGAAAGAGAACAAACGGCUGUUGGCUAACAGAAAACUGUUCAUUGCACCAAACAAAUUGCGUCACAUUUGCAAAUGUCUUUUGCUUGUCUUGUUGUUGUUUCAUGUGAUUCUGUAUGCUGUCUGAAAUGUCAAAUGCCCUUUGAUGCAGAGACCACGGGGGUUGAUUCAACCAUGUUCAAUUUAACAUCAAGAGCCCCCUUAUUAAGGCUUGCCUUAUCUGACUGAAGUUUCUGGACGUAUUGUUGCCUUUUCACCUCAACAAAACCCUGUAUAGUACGAACUAUCAGAUUUGUUCAGAAGCUUAGUUUGGAUAAACUGAAAAGAUGCGAGACGUUUAGUUUUUAGUCCGAGAUUGUCAUUGGUUUGCCCUCACACCAGAGAAUGAAGCGGACGCUUGUUGCAUAAAUCUUUGUCCAUUUUCAUAGAAUGUCAAAUCCUCUCCUGGCCUCAUUCGCCUCGUUCUCUGUAACCUUUCCACAGGAAAGAUGUGAGUUGCAUUUCAAUCCAAAACCACUUCUUUAGCUGAAAUAAGCAUAACAGCAGAAUCUUCUUCCUUCUAUUAAAUAUUAUAGAGGUAUAGAGAGAAUAUUCAGCGCAAAUGUCACUACUGUUCUCUAAAGAGGCUUUAUGUUGGAAAAGAAACAUUUAUAUCUGCUUAUUACUUCUGACGUGAGAUCCUUUAAGCAUGUGUGAAUUAUUCCUCCUGAUGCAUGCUUUUUAAACGCUCGCUGUCAGAGAAGAUGAGCAGCUAUGAAUGUUAUAGUGAGAUGUAGAUUCAGCCUAAUAAUGUAGCAUGUUCUCUGGAGCAGUGUAGCAAGUUUGUAUUAUAUGUAUCCACUACCCAUCACACCAAGUAUUAUCUUCAUCAGUCACUUUUCCGUACGUUACCACAACAAGAAUAUCUUCAUAUGUAUUAUACUGAAAGUACAGCCUUUCCAAGAGUGACCUUGACUUGACAGGUCAAAUAAAAUGGGUUCCUAUGUCAUCUAUAUUUUUAUGAGAGGAACUGUAAUGGCAUCCAAGUCGGAAGCCUUGUUGAAAUGACACUGUUUGUCCCAUUAAGCUGAUAUAACCAAAAGGCCCUCGUUCUCUGUGUACUGUAGCUUACAGCUCUGUGGUUUCUCAUGUGUGCCUUUUCUCGCUUCUGUUCACUGCAGGAAAGGGUGUGUUUACAUUUAAGGUCUGGGUUCAAAUCCCACUCAGGACGGCGAAUCUUUUUCUUUCCUUCUUUUGACGACAAAAAAAACAAAACAGUAAAGCAGUGAACAUGAUAGGCAGAAAUUGAUAUUCAAAAAAUCGAUCACAAUACAUAAACUUCCCAAACACUUUGUGACAAACUGUGAUUUUGAUUCAGGUUGCACGAUGGGUCAUUUCAUUGAAUCUGAAAUCAAACGUAUACCGGAUGAAGCAUUUAUGCGCAGGGCAUUAUUCUGACAACAAUGGGAUUCUGUACAUUUGUAAUAAAGACGUGUUGUUGUAUGAAAGAAUCUUUCCAAGUAAAUGACAAAAAAAUAUGUAUUUUCACCCACGGCCAAGGCUUGUCCUCUUGAGUCCUUUUUACAGAGAUCAGCUAUUUUUACUGGUGAUUUUGUAGCCACGUUAUUCUCCUUUAGAAAAUGACAAAAAAUGGUACUUCCAAAAAAUAAGCACUUCCACAGCGAUACAUGUUUUUUGUCACUUUUGUAGCAUUUCCGUAGGUUUUUAUUUCUUGUAGAGCAGGACAAGCUAUGGCUGUGCGUGAUUCCGGGUAACUUUGGAAAUGAAGUGUGUAGCUGGUUUUGGAUUGUGACCGUGUUUGUGUACCCUUGUACCUGUGCUCAUUGAUAUCAGUGUUAAAAAAGAACAACAAUGUCUGUUUUGUGGAAGUAUCGUUCAUUUCAGUGUUAUAUAUGGGAAACAUUAAUAAAGAGUUCAUAAUGGUGA